AAUUACGUUACUCUUGACACAUCGACUUUGUAAGAAGAAGAAUUGUAAACAAAAUCUGCGUCGAUUGUUUGGCUUUGGCAAAGUUAAAUUUGAAUUUUCGGUGAAAUGGCCAGUAAAAAAUGCAUUUACAGAGGCUGUACGAACAAGGGAACGUCUGAGCCAACGUUAUUUGCAUUCCCCAAAGAUGAGGCUCGUCGAAAUCUUUGGUUAGAUUUGGCCGGACGUUCCGGUCAUACAUUACAAAAGUCGGACAGUUUGUGUGAGUUACAUUUCGGCAGGCAAUACAUCUCGUCGAAUCAGCGAAGAAAGGUUCUAGUCGGCCUCUCGGUACCGCAUCCGUAUCAACAAGAUCAAGAACAAGACAAUGACGACGAGCAACAGAUCGAAGCUUUGGACGAAUGUGAGAGAUUGGACAUUGAGGACAUGUUUUGCGAUGAUAAUCAACAACCGGAGGAUAGCUUCUCACCCAGUUCGGCCAUCGAGCAUGUGGAGCAUGGUGAUUAUGAACCAGAAAUGGUCAUUUGUGAUCCGAGAAAUAAAGACAAUUUGAAGCGUAAAAUGAUCAGACAUUCACCACAGAACGGAACUAUCUCUCAGCCGAUAAAACUUAUGAAAAUUGAGUUGAGCCAACCGAAACCCAAGAAUGGAAUUGAAACCGCACAAAGACCACACAUAAAAGAUACCGCCAAACUGAAAUCUGCUGCAACUUCAAUCAUCGAUCAUCCGGACGUGUCAACACUUUACAUACGAGGCGAAGAAUUCAUUCAGAUGCCGACCAGUUUGUACCUUGAAGAAAAAAGCAAACUUGAAACCAGUCACAUAGACUACGCUCAGGAGAUUGUUGAAUUGCGGGAGGAGCUAGACAGGUACAAGGAUGCGAUUAAAAUCAUAAGAGAUCAAGUGAGAUCGCUGCCGUAGAUGGAUCAGUAGUUUUAGAUUUAUGACAUCGUGUACCGAUUAAAGGUUUUUUUGUCGAAAAGUU